AACAUUAUUUUGAGGCAGGGCUUGAUGCUAUAUAUAUUAAUGCCUUUGCACAGUGUAAUCAGAUUCAUAGUACUUGAUUUCGGUGCGGUUUACCAGUCCUACUUUUUGAAGAAAGCAAUUCAGCGAAAGCUAUUCAGCAAAUUGAACCACCAGCCCAAUAAUGGAACUGACAAUAAAACUAGAAGUUCCGAAGCGUCUAGAAGUGAGCGGUGAAGCCACAGUUGGCGAACUCAAGCAGCACAUUUCUCAGCUCUUCGGAGAGCCUCCUCACAGACAGAAGCUUUCUGCCGAUAACGGUUCCCACAUCAGCCUCGAGGAUGAUUCCAGAACCCUCAGCAGUUACGGGUUGCACUCUGGAUCUGUGGUGAGUCUGCUCAUCACCAAACCUGCACCUUUCCAAGUGUUCGUCAAGAAUGAGAAAGGCCAGAUUGGAACGUAUGAAGUUGAUAUCAACGAGACCGUCGAUCAGCUCCAGUCUAAGAUCUACAAAAGAGAGAGAGUCCCAAAGGAUCAGCGAAGGCUGAUCUACAACGGAAGACAGCUGGAGCCUGGCAGGAAGUUGCAAGACUACGACAUCGCACCAAAAAGCAUCAUUCACAUGACACUCCGUCUGCGAGGAUGUUGAUUGGUGAAACGUGGGCAAAAAUUACUAAAAGUUAUGUACCUGAAUGUUGUAGGCCUAUAACUCAGUAUCAGAAUGUUGUGGUUUAAUAUAUUUUUUUGGUGAUUGAUAAAACAUAGUAACUGGGGAACAAUGUGUUAAGAGCUCAUGUAAUUCCACUGUAUUUAUCUGCAUUUUAUGUAACUGUGGGACCCAUCUUUUAUCAUUAUAAUGAUUUUGAACUGUAACUAAAAUAAUAAAUGCUUGAAUCAUUCCCAAUAAGUGUUUGUUUUUAUAGACUUACUUUGUAGUUCCGUUGUUCUCAAGCUUUUGUGAUUUACUGAAUAGUAUUUUUUUAACUCACAAUUUCUAUAGAUAGGCCUGUUCACAAUGCUAGACACAACUUGUCAUGUGAGGUGUGUUUACACUCACACUCAGGAAUGGAGAACAAGAAGCAAGACAUUCUUACAAUUCCAGAAAAGAUCACUGGGGAUUUUAUUAGUUUCUUGUUGUCUUUCUAAUUAAUGUCCUGAAGUAAAAAGCAGACUUAAACAACUAUACAAAGUAUUUUUCAUUGCCAUUCUGUCUUAAGUCAUAAAAGGGUGAUAUUUUCCAGAAACCAUAUACAUGGAUGGUACAAGACAAAUGAUAAUAAACGGAAAGUGAUCAUCACAGACUGAUACACUGCCAUUCUGCACAUAUCAGAAUGGCUGGGUGUGGUUGCUCUCUGUAGGGU